AUGGAGCACUACCUUACUGUGCGAAAAUGGGAGCCUGACUUCAAGGCAUCAGAAGCUUUUGAAACCACUACCACCAUUUGGGUUAGGUUUUCGGAGCUUCCGCUAGAAUACUUCCAAGAGAAGGUCUUAUAUGCAAUUGCUAAACAAAUUGGUAAGCCACUGAAGAUUGAUCUGACCACAGCCAUGGCUACCAGAGGCCGUUUUGCACGAGUUUGCAUUGAAAUGGAUCUGCGCAAGCCCCUUUUCCCCCGGUUCUUAUUAGGUAAGAAAAGUUAUAAUAUAGAGUAUGAAUCUAUCCACUCAUUUUGUUUUUUCUGUGGCAGGAUAGAUCACCAGAAAGAAUUCUGCAAAUACCAAGCUGCGAACCCCAAACCUCAAGAGACUCACCGGAGCACCCCGCCGUCGGAGGAAAGCCAACUAGCUGUUUCCAACCACAAAGAUCAAGCAACGGCUAAUUCCAAUAAAAAAAACAGUAACCUGCAAUCAACUAAGACAGCUGAUGUUACCUACGGCCCUUGGAUGAUGGUGACCAAACGGACUCGUAAGCCCACAAUCCACAGAAAGGCCCAAUCUACUAGGCCAAGCUCCAACACCAAUAGAUUCACCGAAUUAGGCAAAGAUAUCCAACAAGAGGAGGAUAAAGCUCGUGGAAAGAAAACAACACGUUUGGGCUUAGAAAAGGAAGCCCCUAGUCUGUCCAUUCCAACCCCAGUUGGACCAAGCAAGACCACAGCCCAACCUCCACAAGACUCCACUCACCCUAGCUCACCAAGUCAACCAUACCAGCUUUCCCCUCAGGAAAAUACAGCUAAUGGCGAGGACACUCUGUCCCAGGUCCCUUGUAGCCAUCAGACUAGUGAUCUGAUGCAUGCUAACCCCAGCUCAUUGGGUAUAAACACUAAAUCUCCAGAAAUCUCCAUGGUAGAUCUUCAUGAGAAAGCACCUUUAAGCCAUACACCUAACCCACCACCCCCAGACAUUAUAAUAGCAAGUAGUGAUGGAUCCUCAACUACCAAACAGCGGAAACCUCCCGACCUAAGGUCUAAUCAUGGAGACCGAAGGGACCACAAGGCUAGAAGUUUCAUCACGCAAGAUAGAGAAUCACCCUCUGAGCCUGUUAUUAGAUCCAGGGAAAGAAUCAAUUCACCUUGUCACUACGGUAUGGUGGAUCGAACAGAUACGGCUGAGGAUAGAACCUAG